CCCUAGAAAAAUGUAAAAGCCCAAUGAAGAAUGGGAAGUCACUCGUUGUUCCGCAGUGAGAAAUAGAAGAAAAUCUCUCUUGUAAACCAGUCUCUGUCCGUCUCUAUCGCUCACAGCUCUUCGUAUCGGCAAAAUCUUCGAAACCCUCCCCAUCGUAUUCGUAACCCCAUUCUCCCGCAUUUCGCCGCUUCCAGCAACAGCAAGAGACCCUAGCGGAGUUUUUGGUUGCCUUCCCAGUUCGUCCUCGAUGCCUAAGUUAUCUCCAACCGUUCCCAACCAGAUUCGGUCCUUGCUGCAGAGCUUGAAUGGAACGAACGUCGACUUUGUUUUCCGGGAGCUAUGUCAGUUCAGUGAUUAUGGUGUUGAAGGAAGCAUUCUAAUGCUUCAGAUAUGCUUUGAACACCUUUACUUUCGCAAGACAGAUCUGCAGAACGUCCAUCUUGAACCAGUUCUUGAGUCCACUUUCAAGUUUCUGAUGGACUCACCAAAUUUCUCUACAGUGUUUUGUCAGUCUGUACGUAGUGUAGAUAUAAGUGAGGAACUGCUGGAGAAUCUCUCUACUGCGCUGCACUUAACUGUACAUGAAAAGAUCGGCGUUGGCCUUGCUUUGUCUGAUUCAGAUAAUCUUGAUUCUAGGAUGCAUGCAAAAAAGUUCUGCAUGUCUCUGAUUGAGGAACUCUGUGCCGAUCCUGUUUCUAUAACCUCCACGGAGCAGAUCCAGAAAAUCGUAAUGUUCCUCCAGCGUUCGGAGGGUCUCUCGAAGCAUGUUGAUCGAUUUAUGCAAAUGCUAUCACUGUUGCAAUCAAAAGAUGUUGUACCAUUUGUCUUAUCUCCACUACUUUCAGAAGAAUUACGCGAAGCAAACUUUUUAAGAACCAUUGACAGGUUAUAUGAAAGCAAAGAAAGUGAAUUUGAUGCAAUUUUAGCUGAUAUGGAGAAGGAAAUGAGUGUGGGAGAUAUUGUGAAGGAAUUAGGAUAUGGAUGCACGUCGGAUGCCACACAUUGCCAAGAGAUAUUGACCCUUUUUCAGCCACUGAUUGAGAUUACCAUAUCUAAGAUUCUUGGAAAAAUUGUAUGCAACCAGGCUGGGCUGGAGGAUAACCAGAGUACAUUUUCAACCUUCAGUACUGCUCUGGGCUACAAUAUUUCAAAUGAUCUAGCAACUGUCAGCUCCUGGAAUGUUGGAGUCUUUGUAAGAACAAUCAACCAGCUGGCACCAGAUACGAACUGGAUUAAAGUAAUUGAAGGCUUGGAUCAUGAGGGAUUCUAUAUUCCAAAUGAAGAGGCCUUUUCUUUUCUUAUGUCUGUCUAUGGUUGUGCAUGCCAGGAUCCAUUUCCUCUUCAUGCUAUCUGUGGGUCUCCCUGGAAGAAUACCGAGGGCCAGCUGUCCCUUCUCAAAUAUGCAGUUUUGGCACCGCCUGAAGUGUUAACUUUUGCUCACUCUGGAAGGCAGCUGGUGGAGCCGUCUCUUUGUGCUACUUCUUGCAUUCUUGCUGAAUUUUCUGCCAGGGUUGUAACCUUUACCAGCUGUUUGUUGCAGGCUUACAUUGAUGCAGUUAAUGGUCACAAGCUUCAAGCUGGAUGUGCCAAUCACGCAUGGCUGUGUCUUGACCUUUUAGACGUUCUUUGUCAGUUAUCUGAGAAGGGUCAUGCCAGCUAUGUGCGAGCAUUGCUGGAAUAUCCUCUUGAGCACUGCCCAGAAAUCUUACUUUUGGGAAUGUCUCAUGUCAAUACUGCCUAUAACCUGCUCCAAUAUGAGGUGUCUUUUACCGUAUUCCCUGUGAUCGUCAAAAGCUCCAGCUGUGCUGGCAUGAUCCUGUACCUAUGGCAUGUAAAUCCUGGCCUUGUUGUUAGGGGAUUUGUGGAUGUUCAAAAUGAUGAUCCAGAGAUCAUGGGCAAACUUGUAGAUCUGUCCCAGGAACUUAAGAUCCUGUCAUCAUUGUUGGAGUUGAUUCCUUUCCGCGUAGGCAUAAGACUGGCUGCCCUAGCUUCACGAAAGGAGUUUUUGGACCUUGAGAACUGGCUGACUAGUAAUUUAGUUACAUUCAAGGAUUCAUUUUUUGAGGAGUGCCUCAAGUUUCUAAAGGAAUCUCAGCUUGGCGCUUCCCAAGAUUUUUCUAGAAAACCUUUUCAUCAUGGGAAUGCUGCUGGGAAUUUUGAUUUCAAUACUAUCUCCACCAUAUUGAAGGCUCUUAAGGCUCACAGUCCCUUGAUUCUCAAUAUCAAACUUCCUGAGGAAGUGGAAAAGUUGGAGGCAACAAUUGUGGAUUCAAAUCCUAGGCUGCAGAAUGGUGGCUCUGCUGAGUCAUCUGCCCCUGAUGGAUAUUCAGAGGAUGUUGAGGCAGAGGCAAACUCUUAUUUCCAUCAAAUGUUCUCUGGCGAGUUGACAAUUGAUGCAAUGGUUCAAAUGCUUGCCAGAUUCAAGGAAUCUUCUCUGGCGAGGGAACAGUCAAUUUUUGAGUGCAUGAUUGGCAAUCUAUUUGAGGAAUACAGGUUCUUCCCCAAGUAUCCUGAAAGGCAGCUUAGAAUUGCGGCUGUUCUAUUUGGUUCGGUUAUCAAGCACCAACUUGUUACUCAUUUGACUCUCGGGAUUGCCUUACGUGGUGUCCUAGAUGCCCUGCGGAAACCUCCAGAUUCUAAAAUGUUUGUGUUUGGCACCAAUGCACUGGAACAGUUCGUGGAUCGUUUGAUUGAGUGGCCGCAGUAUUGCAAUCAUAUCUUGCAAAUAUCUCAUCUUCGUGGAGCCCAUUCAGAACUUGUUGCUUUCAUUGAACGAGCUCUAGCCAGAAUUUCAUCUGGGAAUUUGGAAUCAGAAAGUAGUAAUACUUCUGCUACUCAUCAACAUGUUUUACCGCAAGCUACACCUGGUGAGUUAAAUGCCGUUAAUGCCACAGCAGCUUCACCACAAUCCUCCUCUUCUACAAACAUUCACCAGAGGCUUGAAGGUCGCCUCGAUGACCGCCACAAAUUACCUGUAGCCUCAUCUAAUGACUCGAAGCCGCUAUUAUCCACUGGAGGACAACCUUCUGUUGGCUCCCUAGCCGACUUGUCUGCAGCUCAGAGAAGUGUUUCUAGCACCCAGGCUAUGCCGGCCUCUUCACCUGGUUUCCUGCGUCCUUCUCGUAGUGUCACCUCUACCAGGUUCGGCUCAGCACUGAACAUUGAAACACUAGUAGCAGCUGCUGAGAGAAGAGAAACACCAAUAGAGGCUCCUGCUUCUGAAAUUCAAGAUAAAAUAUCAUUCAUUAUUAACAAUAUUUCUACUGCCAAUAUUGAGGUAAAAGGUAGAGAAUUCAGUGAAGUACUGACGGAACAAUAUUAUCCCUGGUUUGCUCAGUAUAUGGUCAUGAAAAGAGCUAGCAUUGAGCCGAAUUUCCAUGACUUGUACUUGAAGUUUCUUGACAAAAUUAAUCUAAAGGCUCUGAAUAGGGACAUUGUUCAGGCCACAUAUGAAAAUUGCAAGGUUCUGUUAGGAUCAGAGCUUAUAAAAUCGAGUUCAGAGGAGCGUUCAUUGCUAAAGAACUUGGGAAGUUGGCUUGGGAAAUUGACAAUUGGCAGGAACCAGGUCUUAAGGGCCCGUGAGAUAGAUCCAAAAUCUCUAAUCAUAGAGGCAUAUGAGAAAGGCUUAAUGAUUGCUGUUAUUCCAUUCACAUCAAAGGUUCUUGAACCAUGUCAAAGCAGUCUGGCAUAUCAGCCCCCCAACCCUUGGACAAUGGGAAUCCUGGGCUUGCUUGCUGAGAUUUACUCAAUGCCAAAUUUGAAAAUGAAUCUCAAGUUUGACAUAGAGGUCCUAUUUAAGAACCUUAGUGUAGACAUGAAGGACAUAACUCCUACUUCACUUCUGAAAGAUAGGAAAAGGGAGAUUGAAGGUAACCCUGAUUUUUCUAAUAAAGAUGUUGGACCGUCUCAAUCGCAAAUUGUCCCGGAAGUCAAAUCUGGAAUGAUGUCUCCAUUGAACCCUGGGGAGCUACCUCUUGAGGUUGCUAGUCCUCCUAGUUCUACAAUGCUCCCUCAGUUUCCAGCUCCGGUCCUCCUUUCUUCUGGCACAAUGAUGGAGGAUGAGAAAUUAGCUGUGUUGAGUUUGUCUGACCAGCUUCCUUCUGGACAAGCACUGUUCCAAGCUACUCCUGCACAGUCUCUUUAUGCUGUUAAUCAGCUUUCUGCUGUGUCGAUGGCCAACAUUGCUCCACAUGUUAUCAUUAACCAGAAGCUUCAGGGCUGGAGUCUACAUUUGCAUUUUCAAAGAGUGGUUCCACAUGCAAUUGAAAGAGCCGUCAAGGACAUUGUAGCCAGUAUUGUUCAGCGUAGUGUUUCUAUUGCUACUCAGACGACGAAGGAGCUUGUAUUAAAGGACUAUGCCAUGGAAACGGAUGAGACACGAAUAUACCAUGCGGCGCAUCUGAUGGUUGCUAGCCUGGCUGGAAGCCUAGCUCAUGUCACUUGCAAGGAACCUCUACGUACUUCGAUAUCAAACCAACUGAGGAGUUCACUUCAUGGUUUGAGCAUCACAAAUGAGCUCCUUGAACAUGCCGUGCUGCUUGCUACCAAUGAUAACCUUGAUUUGGGCUGUGCCCUGAUUGAACAAGCUGCUACAGAGAAGGCCAUACAAACUAUUAAUGGUGAAAUAGCCCAUCAACUACAGUUGAGAAGGAAACAUAGAGACAGUGUUGGCCAAACAUUAUUUGAGACGAACAUGUAUACCCAGGCUUCCUUAGGUGUGCUACCUGAAGCCCUCCGUCCGAAGCCUGGCCACUUAUCCUUGUCUCAGCAGCGAGUUUAUGAGGACUUUGUACGGCUUCCUUGGCAAAAUCAAUCUUCCCAGGGUUCACAAUCUAUUGCUGCUGGUAGUUCAACUUCUGCUGCUUUCGCCGCCAGUGGUUUGACAAGUUCCUAUGGCUCUUUGUCGGGACAACUCAGCACAGGAUAUUCGUCGAGUGUUGGUGGCCUGGGAUUUGAUGCAGCAUCUCAGACGUUGGAUCUGGGUUCUGAGGCACUUGACUCAAGUCCAGCACUUUUGCCAAGUUCGUCCUCGAUAAAUAUCGGAGCAGAUGCUGUUAUGCGGCAAAAUUCUGAAAAGAAUGCCAUUUCAUCUUCAUUUUCCGUUGCUGGUCCCGCUACUGAACUUCCUCUCAUAGAUUCUUCUGACAGUAUGAAGGAACCUGGUGCUUCCUCUCAGCCAAUCUCGUCAUCCACUGCUUCCGAGCGUGUGGGGAAUAGUGUUACUGAACCUUCCCUAAGUACAAGAGAUGCACUGGAUAAAUACCAAGUCGUUGCCCAAAAGUUGGAGGCGUUGGUCACUGGUGAUGGCAAAGAAGCAGAGCUACAGCUCCUGACUUUUCUCCCUUUAUCAUCCUCUGUACAUGCUCAGGGAGUGAUUGCUGAGGUGCCCGAUAUCAUACUUCGCUGCAUAAGUCGAGAUGAGGCUGCCCUAGCUGUUGCUCAAAAGGUUUUCAAGGGAUUGUAUGAGAACACCUCAAAUACUUUUCAUGUUAGUGCUUGUCUUGCAAUUUUGGUUGCGAUUCGUGAUGUUUGCAAGCUUGUGGUUAAAGAACUCACAAGCUGGGUCAUUUACUCGGAUGAGGAGCGGAAGUUCAAUAAAGAUAUUACUAUGGGUCUUAUACACAGUGAAUUGCUCAAUCUUGCUGAGUACAAUGUUCAUAUGGCAAAGCUUAUUGACGGUGGAAGGAAUAAGGCUGCGACGGAAUUCUCUGUUUCACUUAUCCAGGCUUUGGUUGUCGAUGAGUACAAUGCCAUUUCCGAACUCCAUAAUCUUGUUGAAGCGUUGGCCAAGAUUGCUGCAAAACCUGGAUCUUCUGAAUCGCUGCAACAGCUUAUUGAGAUUGUGAGGAAUCCUACAGCUAAUGCCGCUGCUAUAUCAGCUUUUGCUGUUGGUAAAGAUGAUAAAACUAGACAGAGAAAGGCUCCCAGUCAGCCUUCAAUUGGCCGUGACGACUUCAAUAAUGUGGAGUCUGUAGAACCUGACCCUGCUGGAUUCCGGGAUCAGAUUACUGCUCUAUUCCGCGAAUGGUACCGGAUAUGUGAACUACCAGGCUCGAAUGAGACCACAUAUAACCAUUACCUCUUACAAUUGCACCAGAAUGGGUUCCUCAAGGGUGAUGAUUUGACCGACCGGUUUUUCCGCAUUCUUAUGGAACUCUCGGUCGACCAUUGUCUAUCUUCCGAGGUGGUGAAUUCAGGUGGGAUGCAAGGGCCUCAACAGGGGCAGAAUAUGUCGUUCCUUGCCAUUGAUAUAUUUGCAAAACUCGUGUUUGCAAUUCUAAAGGCCGAGCAGGGAUCAAGUAAACAUUUUCUUCUGUCAAAGAUGCUGGCUGUUACUGUAAGAUAUAUACAGAAGGAUUCCGAGGAGAAGAAACCAUCUUUUAAUCCAAGGCCAUAUUUCAGAUUGUUUAUAAACUUAUUGCUAGAUCUUGUUACUCUUGAGCCAGUAAAUGAUGGUGGAAAUUUUCAGAUGCUGACUUCCUUUGCUCAAGCGUUCCAUCUUUUGCAACCUCUUAAAAUUCCUACUUUCAGCUAUGCGUGGCUUGAGUUAGUAAGUCACAGGAGCUUCAUGCCAAAAUUACUUACUGGAAAUGCUCAAAAGGGGUGGCCCUAUGUUCAACGGUUGCUGGUGGACCUGUUUCAGUUCCUAGAGCCUUUUUUAAGAAAUGCUGAAUUACGAGGACCAAUCUCCUUUCUCUACAAAGGUACACUUAGAGUGCUGCUAGUUCUACUGCACGAUUUUCCUGAGUUCCUGUGCGACUAUCAUUUCACCUUCUGUGAUGUCAUACCUUCAAGUUGCAUACAAAUGCGCAAUAUCAUUCUGAGUGCUUUUCCUCGCAAUAUGAGGCUUCCAGAUCCGUCUACUCCAAAUUUAAAGAUUGAUUUGCUUCCUGAAAUUAGAGAACCACCGCACAUCUUGUCUGAAGUUGAUGCUGCUCUUAGAGCAAAGAACAUGAAGGCUGAUGUGGAUGAGUAUCUGAAGACAAGACAACAGGGUUCCUUGUUCCUCGCCAACUUGAAGCAGAGGCUGCUUCUUGUGCCAAGCGAGGCUUCAACUGCCGGGUCUCAUUACAAUGUAGCACUCGUAAAUUCUCUCGUCCUUUACACAGGGAUGCAGGCCAUCCAGCAGCUCCAGGCAAGAACACCUCAUGCACAGGCACCUGGGAAUACAGGCCCUCUUGGUUUCUUAGUGGAUGCUGCUUUGGAUAUUUACCAGACCCUAGUAGUUGAGCUAGACAAUGAAGGUCGAUACCUCUUCCUCAAUGCUGUUGCGAACCAACUGCGCUAUCCCAACAACCACACACAUUACUUCUCCUUUGUUCUGCUCUACUUAUUUGCUGAGUCAAAUCAGGAAAUUAUCCAGGAGCAGAUUACCAGAGUCCUGUUGGAACGCCUGAUCGUUAACAGACCCCAUCCGUGGGGCCUUUUGAUAACUUUCAUUGAGCUAAUCAAGAAUCCGAGGUACAAUUUCUGGAACCGAACUUUCAUAAGAUGCGCUCCGGAGAUUGAGAAGCUGUUUGAAUCGGUUGCAAGAUCUUGUGGGGGUUUGAAGCCUAUGGAUGAGAGUAUGGUCUCUGGUACUAAUUGGGCUUCCGAGGGCGCGCACUAGGAAACUAAAUGUGAAUUUCCUUGUUCUUAGAGAAAUCCUCGGCUUCUUUGAUCAAAUUGUGAAAUUCCUGCCCGAGACAGAAACUUCUUUGUGCCCUCUUUAAAAUUAUCGUAACAAUCAUCAUUAACUUAACGAACUUUAUUUUCCAUCCAAAUGGGUGCAGAGCACAUCCACUCAAACUAAUAAGAACACGGGCAUAGCCCCUACCAAA